AUGUCUUCAACCACCAAGCCCAAGAGAUUUUACUCGUCCAGCUUCUGGAAUGAAUACCUCACAACACAAAGAAACAAACUGCCUGUGCUUUCUGAUGUCGAUGAUGGUAUAUCUGGCUGCAUCGUGCGAUUUCUCGCUGGUAAUCCAGGAGACAUGCAACUUCAGGGUACCAACACCUACUUAGUUGGCACCGGAAAUACUAGAAUAUUAAUUGAUACUGGAGAGGGUCUUCCUCAAUGGGCUGUGAAUGUGACCAGGUAUCUUGAAGAUCAUGACAUAUCAAUAUCUCAUGUUCUUCUGACGCACUGGCACGGGGAUCAUACAGGAGGAGUUGCUGAUCUCCUUGUCCACGACCCAACUAUAGCAGUGCACAAGAACCAACCCGACAAAAAUCAACAAAACAUUACAAAUGGACAAAUUUUCCAAACUCAGGGUGCUACUAUACGGGCGGUACUAACGCCUGGACACACAGCGGAUCAUGCUUGUUUCCUACUGGAAGAAGAGAAUGCAUUGUUUACAGGAGACAACGUAUUAGGCCACGGAUACAGUGUAGCUGAAUGUUUGGGAGAGUACAUGGCGAGCCUUCGCUUGAUGGCAAGCUUAGGAUGUGCUGUUGGCUAUCCUGGCCAUGGAGAAGUAAUACGUGACCUACCACGUAAGAUGGCGAACUAUAUCGCUCAGAGAGAUUCUAGGGAGCGGCAGGUCUACGCAGAGUUGGUCAAACAAGCUUCUUCCGAUGUCCUAGGUUCUGGGAGCAAAAGCAGUGGCGGUAAAAGUAGCAGCAGCAGCAGUGGGAGCGACUGCGGUAGCGGCGAUGAUCAAAGCGGAAAUAGGAUGGGCCUAUCCACCUCUGAUAUAGGCCUUCGCUUAUAUGGGGAUGUCUCUAAGGAUACUGCCGCAUUCGAAUCGGCUUUGAAGCCUCUACUGAACCAGGUACUGUUCAUGUUGGCAGAAAACGGCAAGGUUGGCUCUAAAUUGGUAGGGUCAGAUAAGACUCGGCACUGGUUUGCAAGAGGUGCAAGCUAUUAG